AUGUCUGAAGUGACGAAUCCAUCCAAGUUGGAAGGGAAUGACGAAGUGAUUGGCGCCCCAGGCACCCAAUUUAACAGGGGAUCUGUCAGCGGAGUGGGAGCAGACGACGAUGACGACGACGAGCCUUCAGGGGGUAAACAACAGAAGGAGCGUAGAAAAAUCGAGAUUAAGUUCAUCCAAGACAAGUCUAGAAGACAUAUUACGUUCUCGAAAAGAAAAGCAGGUAUUAUGAAGAAGGCGUACGAGUUGUCUGUGUUGACAGGUACUCAGGUUUUGUUGUUAGUUGUUAGUGAAACUGGACUUGUGUACACUUUCACCACGCCCAAGUUGCAACCAUUGGUGACCAAGUCUGAGGGUAAGAACUUAAUCCAGGCGUGCUUGAAUGCACCAGAGGAAGGUUUGGGAGAUGACCAGGGAGACCAGAGUGAUGGCAACUCGCAGGAGCUGCCUGACCAGAGCCCAGCACCUCCACAACAGCAACAGCAGGUGCCACACGCACAGGUUCCUCAGCACCAACACCAGGCUGCUACAGCCGCGCAUCAGCAACAACAGCAACAACAAUUGCCUCCUGCUCACUUGCCACACGGGAUGCCUUACCAGGGCCAGGGACAUCCCCAAGGGGGAUUGCCCAUGCCACAGGCUGGCGGGUAUAACGACCCGUACCAGUAUUUUGGUAACAUGCCCAAUGGCAACAUGCCCAACCAGCAACAGUACCAGUGA